UUUAAUUAGAUUUUUUGCUAUUUGUAGCUGUGUGGUUCUGUUAAACUGUUAUAGUAUAAAAAUGUAUACUAAUGCGCAUCGUUGUAAUUUUUACAUUUUAUUAAAUUUCGUAUUUUUAAAAUCUUACACAUUUGUAUUUUAUAUCAUACAUUUGUUUUUUUUUUUUUUAUUGUUGAAGUGGCAUAGUAAGGGAUUUUUUCGAAAUACAAAAUAUCUUAGAAUCUGAAGUUUGCUUCCAAAGCUUACAUUUAAACUGUUUCUUUCAAUUCAGCUACGAGUAUAUAAAAAUUAAUAAUAACUAUUUAGCUGUCAUUUAGUGAUAAUAUUAAGAUUAUUAUUUGCAUUAUUGUGCAGAGAAAAAAGAAUAAGAUAUGCUAAGAAACACGAAUGCUUUCGUAACAGAAGGUAAUUUGCUUAAUGCAAAAAAAAAUUAAAUUACAAUUACGUUAAAUCUAACCUGAUAUAUUUACAUGAAAAAAAAAAUCCAUUUGUACCUUCAAUAACUCCAUGAUAUUAAUUUUGUAUUUUAAUAUAAACAAGUUUUAUUCUAUAUUUUAUUAUAUAAUUUUGUUUCAUAUUUACAAAAACAUAUUUAUAAUUUAAUAAAGAUUGUUUAAUCGGUAGCUUAUUCGGACCGAUCCUUGCGUGUUCGAUUGAAGCAGCACACUAAGUUAUUUGCGUCUAUGUGUCCUGAUGAAAUCCUCGAUCAUUACGAUAAUUAUGAAACCAGGGAAUAUCAUACGACUUUGAUGCUCGGGGAUGUUUCAGGCUUCACAGAUCUCGCGGAGAAAUAUACGAAAACCGGCGUUGGCGGACCCUCCAAGCUGUCGGAAACUUUGAACAGCUAUAUUGGCGCGAUGGUACAGGAGAUUCUCUCGCAUAACGGGGACGUCGUGAAAUUCUCUGGCGACGCAUUCAUAGUGAUGUGGAAGCUCCAAGAAGGAAUGCUUAUGCGCGAUAUCGCGUCGGAAGCGAUGCAGACCGCGUGUAUCAUACAGAAACAUUUUGGAACCUACAAUACCGACGUCGGUGUAACGCUCAGAGUAAAACUUGCCAUUGCUUCCGGGAUAAUAUACUUCACGUCUAUUGGCGAUCCAAAUACGAUGUCUUACUAUGUUAUCACUGGAAAGCCUGUCUGGGACGUAAAGUUUGCUGAAGCAUUAUGCCGAGGUGGCGAUAUUAUUGUGGCGCCUAGCAGUUGGCAAUGGGCAAAUCCUAAUGAAUACAUUUACGAAAAGUUACCGGAUGACGUGCAUACUCUGAUUAUAGCUUGUUCAGUAAUGUGGUAUCAGUCCAGAUAUGACAUUCUAAAUGGCACUAAAAUCGAUGACAAAACUACCGAAGAUAUCAAAAGCCCCUUCGGUUUAUCGCCUGAAGCUAAAACGCCAAAUAAUAAAAUUUUAUCGAACUGGAUCGGCGAAGUUCAGAACGAGCAUGAUUUUGAGGAAGUUGAUUACAGUCUGAGGCCCAAAGUCAUAAAAGUAGCUAAAGAGGGAUUGAAAGAUUCAUUGAGAAGCUACAUGCUUAGACCAGUAAUACGAUCCGUGGAAAUGGAUGAGCCGUUAGAGCAUCUUACAGAGAUGAGACAAGUAGUCAUACUCUUCAUCAACGUUAUCACGACGGUCAUGGACAAUAUAGAAUUGAUUUCGCUCGUUAGCGAAGCUUAUAAACUAGUCUGUGGAGUAGUCGGUGAGAUGCAUGGAUGCGUGAACAAGACAUCUCUCUUUGACAAGGAUCUGAUAUUCCUCUGUAUAUUUGGAUUGCGCGGCGACAAACACGUGCUAGAAUCGCAGAUUGGACUGAGAUGCGCUAGUAGGUUGCGGCAGGAGCUUUUAGUGAUGGAGAACGUAAAAUCCGUGACGAUUGCUGUUACCACCGGGAUGACAUAUUGUGGUGUGGUCGGUCAUAUCUUACGGAGGGAAUACACAGUGAUAGGAAUGUCGGUGAACAAGGCAGCGCGUUUGAUGGUUGCGUACAAUAACAAAGUGAUAUGCGAUCGAGAAAGCUUUCUACAUUCUCGUCUCGAAGCGAGGCACUUUAUAUUGCAGAAACCGAGACAUUUAAAAGGAAUCACAAAUAUUGGUCCUGUCUACGAGUUUGAGGAACAAAUAAAAUUUACGCCUGAAUUAAUACAAAGAAAAUAUCCUUUGCUUGGACGGGAAGCGCAAAUUAAGAUUUUUCAACAGAUGUUAUCAAAUCUGAUAGCACAUUUCACGAUGGACAAAACGCAACAUUUAGAACUUGAAUACAGCAUGCUGGUUAUAAAAGGUGAACCAAAAAUCGGCAAGACAAGAUUGUUGAGUGAAAUUGCACAAAAUAUUCCCACAGGUGUUUCACAUAACUAUAUUUCUUUGGUCAUGAGUGAUGCCAAGACUUCUUAUAGUUUGGCCCACAUGAUAUUUUUUAUGCCGUUGGGCUUCAAUCUCAUCACUGCUACAAGGGAGCGCGAAGAGAUACUGAUGUCGCAUUUGAGUAAUGUCAAACCAGAAUUGCUCUGCGCUCUUAAUCAGCUCUUUAAUGUAAAGUUUAAGAUGAGCCCGCAUUAUACAAGACUAUCCAAAAAGCAAAAGCGCAAACUAUUGAGGAUGUUUCUGCUCCAAUUAAUGAAAAGCUGCUUCAAAGAGUUAUGGGUGGUGAUUAUCGAUAAUAUCCAGUACAGUGACGAUGAUUCUAUGAAACUGUUUCAUACGAUGUCCAAGCAGAACACAAUCUUCUUCGUUCUCAGUCUCGGGUGCAGGCUCACCGGCGAGUACGAAAUACACCCCGUUUUGAAAGAAGCACGAAUAAUCAAAUUGGAUCCCAUAGAUAAGUGGUAUCACGCAGCGCUUGCUUGUCAAAUCCUUGAUAUAUACGGAAUUUCUCCAGAACUCGAAAGAUUAAUUCAAGAAAAAAGUUUUGGCAAUCCAGGAUGGAUAGAAAGCUACUUAUUGAGCCUCACGCAAUCUGGUAGCCUCGUAAUAUUGCAUAUCAGCACAACGCUUGCAGAGGAAAUGGGCUAUGUUCUUCCUCCCAUUUAUAUGCUAAAAAGAUUAGCUUUAGAAGACAUUUUUCUAAAUAAUGAGAAUAAUAAAGAAGAACGUUCAGAUAAAUGGAAAAUGUAUAGGAUAAGUUAUCGAAAUGGUCCAAUAUCUUCGAUGAAGCUGCAAAGCGUCGUCCAUAAAUCGGGAAUACCAAUUUACGAUGAAACUAUUGCCGUUUGCAAAUUUUCGGAAGGUUUUGUACCAGAAGAAGAUGUUGGAAUGACGAUGGACGUAAUGGUCUUGAAGAUGUUUGAUUCUUUAACACCGUUGGAUCAACUGUUAUUAAAAUGCGCGUCUGUGUUGGGAGAAAUAAUUAAUAGAAGUAUGCUGGAGUAUUUAAUGGAAGAUAAAUCUAAGAGGGAAAUUGGACUUGCUAUCAAAAAACUUUUUGAGAUUCAAAUUUUUGGAUGUGCACGGGGUGAUUUCACUACAAGUGGCAGACCGUUGGUAUUCUAUAGAAAUAUAAGAAAAUCUAAUUUUGAGACAGAGACUACAUGCGAAUGUGUGGAUCUUAUGAUACCAGAUGAACUAAUUGACUUACCGCGGUACGCGUCGUGCGGUCUGCUGCAUUUCAAAAUGUCGAUGUUUCGUGAAACUACUUACAGAUCACUUACAGAAAAUCAAAAGAUGGAAUUACAUAGUAAGGCGUUAAAAUAUCUUCGACAACAUACCAAACGGUGUAUGGCUUGUGGCGAGAUACAGUUCACAAGACUAUUAGGAAAAACAGCUGUUCAGGAAAUUAAAAGAACGAAAUUAGUUGUCGACAUCGCCGAAACGCAUCAACUUGAAGAAGCAACUUACACUCUCAAAAAGGAGGCAGAAAAUGAUAUACAACAGGUGACAGAGAGAGCACCGAAUGUUUUCAACAUCUUUCGAAAAGUUAGGAGGCCUACCAAGACUUUUUCUAACGUCGACUUCGCCAACUGUCAAUGUCAUCUUAUUUUAACAACUGUUUACGCUCAGAUGUUGGAACAUUGUCAAGGAAUAGGAAAAUCAGAUAUGAUCUUAACGGCAAUUUUGGAAUUUGUGGAAGUCUGCUUAGCAAGUAACAAUGUACCUCAAGCUCGUAGACUUUUAAGUGACGCUGAAGUUUUGCUUCAACAAAUGUUUGAGAUGAACGAUGAGAAAUUGAUAUUGCUGCUUUAUCUCAAAGCAAAAAUCCAGACUUUUCAAGGUAAAUGCCACAUGGAAAGUGGUUUAAUCUCCGAAGCAAGUAAAAAAUUGAACGAAGCAUUACAUAAUCUGGGAUACAAUUAUCCACGACGCAAAUUCACAAUCGACUUGAAGUCGACAAUUCAACUCGAUCUGCUGAGAUGGAGAUUGAUCUGUCCUAAGCGUUGGAAAAUCGAUACCACCAAUGAACUCAUUACGAAUUAUAUCGAACAGCUAGCUAAAUGCUUGGCACAAAUGUUUAUUGUUUUUAGAGAAACAAAGACAAUGCAGAAACAAGCACGGCUAGCAGCCAUUUGGGGUUUAAAUGCUGCGUUGGAUGCAUCGAAUGAUUUCUUCACACUUUGCGCCUCAUUCACCAAUAUGAUGUUUACCGCGCACGUCUAUCAAACCAAGUUUUCAAUUGUUCCUUACUUGGAAAAACAGGCUCUUAGCAUUUGUGCGAAGAAAGGAGAUUUACUCGAAUUUCAAGAGCUCAAAGCCAUCGCCGAGCUUUACGCAGGAAUAUUUUUCUCGCGGUGGUUGAGAGGAGAGAUCAGCAAAGCAAUCAGAAUCGGUUUUAUCACAAUGAGGAUGGCGCAAACUAUGGAUUCUGUUUUUCUCAAAUUGCAUAUAUUACCGAGAUUAGCGCAUUUACUCAUGCUCUCGUGUCGGCAUUCGGAAGUAGUGGCUAUGCUGAGAGAAUUGGAAUUUGCGUCGCGAAACAACAUGGACAAAUCGAGUUGCACUUGGUAUUACGCUUUAUGCGCUGAUGUGCAACUCGACACUGGCCUUACGGUUCUUUCGUUUCAAAAUUGUGACGAAUAUUAUCUUAAGGAAGGAGAGACCAUAAUCAGCCUUCACGAUCCCGAAGCGGAAAGACGAUAUUUUACUUCCAUGUGGUUAUGGUGUAUCAGAACACAGCAGUGGGAAGCCACAAAAGUUUGGAACAGCAGGAAUAUAACGGCCGAAAGUGCGGUAGACGAGCACAAAGUGGCAGUAACGAUUACCGCAUUGAAGAAACUUGAAGGAUUGUUAAUUUUGUAUAUGUUGAUGAAAGCUUAUUAUUAUAUGAUACAGUCGCGCAAAAGUGCUGCGAUAAGAAUGCUACAAAAAACAAAGCAGUUAUCUAUGAAAGUGGACAACAGAAUGAUUUAUGCUUGGGCUAAUCAUUGUCACCAGGUUUGGCUAGGUGCCACAUCCUCUAUACAUGAAGACUUAUGGAAAGAAAGAACUACGAAGAUAUAUGAUGGAUGGGAUGAAAUAAAUGCCAAUGAUUCAAUAAUGAUUUCUUUUACACUUCCAUUACCGAAUUAAGUAUAGU